ACCCUCAUUGACUGGUGUGUUGCGGUGAGGAGCGGUCGUCUGCAUUGUGCGAAAUAAAACAAGUCGAUGAUUCAAUAUCACACGUGAUUGAAACCGGACGCGUUAUCGUUGUUGUGAUUCCACCACCUAUUGUAUCCAAGACACUGGUUUACAAUGCGUAUGUAUUCUUAUAGAUAAAAAACCUCAGGAAUUAAAUGAUAUUACCUUUCCUGCUUACGCUCAAUAUUAUGAGAAAAAUCUUAGAAAAUAAAAAUGUCAAAUAGGAAUUCAAUGAUGGCCGUUCCCAGAGUGGAGAAAAGACUAAAACUGGUUCCACCAGAUGGGGGUUGGGGCUGGAUGGUUGUCGCCGGCGCAGCACUAUCUAACAUAUUCAAUCAGUCCAUGUUGUCGCUAUUCAGUUUGUUGUACGGAGACGCGUUAGAAGCAAUGGGCCACAAUACUAAAGGCGCUGCUGUUGUGCUAAGCACUAUGUUAUUUACUACAAAUUUCGGUGGUCCCAUUGCGGGGGCAAUAGUAAAAUUAACGUCGACUAGAUUUGUAGCUGUGCUGGGAGCGUGCAGCUGUACUCUGGGUAUUUUACUAAGCGGCUUUUCAACUAAUAUAUGGCAUUUAGUAAUUAGUUACGGUAUUUUACUAGGUUUAGGAUUAGGCUUCAUACAAAAUUCUUCAUUUGUGGCAAUCAAUAGUUACUUUAAAUUAAGAAAAAGCAGAGCUGUGGGUUUAGCUAACGUCGGUACAGGCAUAGGACAAACAGUAAUGCCGCAUAUUGUUAGAUAUCUUUUAGAAAAUUAUGGAUUCCGAGGAGCAUGCAUGUUAUUAGGAUCCUUAAGUUUACAUGGGAUCGGUGGAACAUUAUUAAUUCAGCCAGUAGCUUGGCAUAUGAAAAAAGUCGAAGAGGAGGUUAUUAUUGAUGAAAAAAUAAAUCUAUUAGAAGAAAAACACAAAAAUAUUGUAAUUGAUAAAGACCAUAAAAUAAAUGGUGAAGCAAUAUAUCAAAAUGGUAGUCGGAUUUCAAGCAAUGAAAAAGGAUUGGCAAUGAAUGGCAAUAACUCAACACCAAAAACAACACAGCAACAUAAAAGUAUAUUCCGUAAGAUAUAUGAACUGUUUGACAUGUCCUUGUUACUGAGUCCUCGAUUCAUUAACAUCAUUAUAGGAACUGCUUUAACAGUGACAUCGAUACAAAACUUUAGCCUUAUAUUCCCAUUCUUUUUACAGAAAGUGGCGUCAUUGGACAAACAGCAAACUGCAAAUUGUAUGUCAGCUGUUGCCAUCGCCGAUAUCAUUGGAAGAUUAACAUUGCCCGUAUUCCAAGACAAGUAUAGAAUAAAAGCUAGAAUGAUGAUUAUUAUGACAAGUGUUUGGCUUAUCGUUGUUAGACAAGUAUUGGCGUACCAAACAGACUUGGGUGUUCUACUACUUUUAUCAUGCUUAUACGGUUUCGGUAGAAGUAUGGUUAUUGUUGCCCGAAACAUUGCUAUCUCAGAAAACUGUAGGAUGGAUCAAGUGCCAGCUGCAGUGGGUUUGGGUAUGUUAAGCAUGGGUAUGAUAGUCCCACCUGCUGGAUACUUUCUAGGAUGGAUUAGAGAUUACACGGGUAGCUUCAUCGUAUGUAUAUCCGCACAGAAUGCUUUAUUAGUUAUGUUCUUAAUAAUGUGGGUACCUGAUAUGAUACUAAUAUGGUUUGAAGAAAGAAGACGGAAGAAGAAGAAUGGAGAUGUACUAGAAAUGUCUUGAGAGAAGAAUCAAAAGAAACAAAAUUGCCAACAAAGUGUUUUAAAUAACUGAAAUUGAGGCAGUAUUGUAUUGGCUUAACAUAGUUUAAAAUUAUUAGGUUAGGAAUGAGUUUUUAAUGAUUUCCGUGGCUGUGAUACAUGGAACAAUUAUAUACUUAAUUACAAUUAGCAAGCAUUUAUAAUAUUAAGACUGAAGCUAGUUAUAAGUAAUGACUUCUAGGUGAAAAUUAUACGUAAAAAACUUAAUAUGUUAUCUAGUCUAUAAAAAUAUUUUGUUUUUUAAUAAAUGGAAAACAAA